UCAACAGAAGCCACUACUUUCUCUCUGUCUCUCUGUUCUGUUUCUUUUCUUCUCCAUGGCUUCAAGCACAGCUGAAGAACUAAUCCAUGAAUUUCCAUACUUCCUUCGAGUAAAUAAAGAUGGCAGUGUCCAAAGAUUGACAGGCAACGACAUUGUCCCUCCCUCAACCAAUCCCGACACCGGUGUCCAAUCCAAAGACGUCGUGAUUGACCCAGAGACUGACUUAUCUGCAAGACUCUACAUCCCCAAAACCCCCAACCCAAAUCACAAACGUCCUCUUCUUGUCUACUUUCAUGGUGGUGGCUUCUGCAUCGAAACCGCCUCCUCUCCUACAUACCAUAACUAUCUCAUUUCACUUGUGGCCGAAGCAAACAUUGUUGCCGUCUCUGUUGAUUACAGAAGAGCCCCUGAGCACCCUCUCCCAGUCGCUUACGAUGAUUCUUGGGCCGCUGUCAAGUGGGUUGCUUCUCACUCCACCUCUAAUGGUGGUGAGGUAUGGCUAAGGCACUAUGUUGAUUUUGAUCAUGUUUUCUUUGUAGGAGAUAGUGCAGGUGCUAAUAUAGCACACAACAUGGCCAUUCGGGUUGGGUCGUAUGGACUGGAUGGAGUGAAACUUGUGGGGAUGGUUUUAAUCCAUCCGUAUUUUGGGGGGAAGGACCCGACUGGAAGUGAAGGUACUAACAUGAUGGGAAAAGUGUUUUCGGACAAAUUAUGGGUCUUUGCCCACCCAUCAUCUAGCGGGUCUGAUGACCCAUUAUUCAACCCGGUUAUGGAUUCGAAUUUUUCUAACUUGGGUUGUAACAAGGUGUUGGUAUGUGUAGCUGAGAAAGAUUUGUUGAGGGAGAGGGGAUGGUAUUACAAGGAGAAAUUGGGGAAGAGUGGGUGGGGAGGUGUGGUGGAGAUUAUGGAGGCUAUGGGGGAGAACCAUGUGUUCCAUUUGUUUAACCCAACUUGUGACAAUGCUGUGACUAUGCUUGGGAGAGUGGCUUCUUUCUUGAACGAGGACAAGGCAUAGUGUGAGUGUGAGUGUGAUUGUGUUGUGUUGUGGGCUUUCUUUUUUGGUUGUUUGCAUGCACUUUGUUUUCCAUUGUGUAACGUACGUAGUAAUCAUUGCUCUUUUUCUUAAUAUAGUUUUGUUGCAUCUGUAUUGCUCUUUUUUUAAUAUAAUUUUGU